AAACAAUUACCCUAACCCUUGUUCGCUAGAACACACUAGAUUCUUUCUUCGGAGGGAAACGAAAAAAAAAAGAAAAAAAGAAAAGGAAAAGGAAAACGCACGAACUCAGAUUCACCUUCUCAAUCGCCUCCCCCAUUAACGGGCGCCCGCCCUUCAUUCAUCCAUUUUCAUUCAUCUGUUGUAUGCUAUUCCGGGUUGUUCGUUCAUGCUAUUUGAAGUAAACUAUAAAUUAAAGGCAAUAAGGUCUGCAUUUCUCAGUUAACAAGUUCCGAUGUAUGCAAGGACAAUAAAAUAUAGAAAUCAAAGAUGGAAUUCUGUUGUUCAGCAUAGCAAAUAUUCUUUUAGUUCCAGUUGUCGCGAUUAUUCUGCUGGACAAUAUUUGAGCCGUGCACCAAGAGCCAGUAGUUUGGCUGAGAGAUAUCUGUCAAAUUCUUCGUUAUUAUUAGGUCAAUCUUCUGAAAGAGGGUCCACAAGAUUGAAUUGGAAGUCGGAUAUUUGUUGGAGAAAUUGUCAUAUAAGAUAUUACAGCUCUGAAGGUGAUGGAAGGAACGCAAGUGAGGAUAAUCGUAUCCCUAACAAAGAGAAGAUUCAUAAGGAAAAUACAACCGACAGUGCAAGGCAAUGUGACGCACAUGCUUUGCUUGGGGAGCAAGAUCAAAUUGAGUGGCUAAAGAAUGAAAAGCUUUCUAUAGAGAAUAAAAAAAAGGAGUCCCCUUUUCUAACUCGACGUGAAAGAUUUAAAAAUGAGUUCUUGCGAAGGAUUGUUCCGUGCGAAAAAAUGACAGUCUCAUGGGAUACUUUUCCAUACUAUCUUCAUGAACACACUAAAAACCUUCUUCUGGAAUGUACAGCCUCCCAUUUGAAGCAUAACAAGUUCACCACAGACUACGGACGCAGUUUGACCUCUUCAAGUGGGAGAAUUCUGCUUCAAAGCAUUCCAGGUACGGAGCUAUAUCGUGAAAGACUGGUCAGAGCACUUGCUAAGGAUUUACAAGUUCCACUAAUGAUGCUUGAUGGCAGCAUUUUAGCUCCAUAUGAUUUUAGUGAAGAUGAAAGUGAAUCAGAUGAGGAAAACUCUGAAGGUACAUCAGAUUCUGAAGUUGAGGAUGAAAAUGGUGCAAGUAAUGAGGAAGAUUAUACCAGCAGCGGUGAGGCAAGAACGGAUGGUAGUGAUGACGAAAUUGAUAUUAAUGCCUCUGCGGAAGCUUUGAGAAAGCUAUUACCAUGCAAUAUAGAAGACUUUGAGAAGAGUGUUUCUGGAGAAUCUGAAUGCUCCUCCACAUCUUCGACAUCAGAAACUGCUGAACCAUCUGACAAUGCUAAUCAUCCACUAAAGAAAGGGGAUCGAGUUAAGUACAUUGGACCAUCCAUUAACGUGAGAGCCAAUAAAAAGAUUGUAUUGGGGAAGAUUCCGACAUCUGAUGGUCCAACAAAUGCUUAUACUGUUUUUCGUGGCAGGAGUUUGUCUAGUGGCCAACGAGGGGAGGUGUAUGAAGUGAAUGGCGACCAAGUAGCUGUUAUCUUUGAAAUUAAUGGCAAGAUAACCGAGGAAGUAAAGGACGAGAAAAGUGUUGAACCGACGGCUGAACCGUCAGUUUGUUGGCUUUCUGUAAAGGAUAUUGAAUACGAUCAUGAUGCUCAAACUCACGACUGUUAUGUUGCGAUGGAAGUGCUUUGCGAGGUUUUGGAGUCUCAACAACCACUCAUGGUUUAUUUUCCAGAUUCUUGUCAGUGGCUAUCAAAGGCAGUUUCAAAGUCAGACAGGAAAGAGUUUGUUAGCAAAUUGCAAGAGAUGUUUGAUCAAUUAUCAGGGCCUGUUGUUUUGAUUUGUGGACAAAACAAAGUGGAAACUGGGUCAAAAGAAAAGGAGAAAUUUACAAUGAUACUUCCAAAUUUGGGCCGUUUAGCUAAGUUGCCUUUUCCUUUGAAGAGACUUACAGAGGAAUUAAAAUCCACUAAGCGAUCUGAUGAGGAUGAAAUAUAUAAGUUAUUCACCAAUGUGAUGUGUUUACAUCCCCCAAAGGAGGAUGAUCUCUUGAGGGUAUUCAAUAAACAGAUCGAAGAAGACAGGAGAAUAGUGAUAACUCGAAGCAACCUAAGUGAAAUGCAUAAGGUUCUUGAGGAGCACAACUUGUCAUGCAUGGACUUGUUGAAUGUAAACACUGAUGGCGUGAUAUUGACAAAACAGAAAGCAGAGAAGGUUGUAGGCUGGGCCAAAAGUCAUUACCUUUCCUCAUGUCUCCUUCCUUCAGUUAAGGGGGACAGGUUGCAGGUGCCUCGUGAGAGCUUUGAACUUGCAAUUUUGAGGCUGAAGGAGCAGGAAUCAGCGUCCAAGAAGCCUUCACAGAGUUUAAAGAAUCUUGCUAAGGAUGAGUAUGAGACCAACUUUGUUUCAGCAGUAGUUCCUCCUGGCGAGAUUGGUGUCAAAUUUGAUGACGUUGGUGCCCUUGAAGACGUGAAAAAGGCAUUGAAUGAACUUGUGAUUCUCCCUAUGCAGAGGCCUGAGCUUUUCUCCCGUGGAAAUUUGCUAAGGCCUUGCAAAGGGAUAUUACUUUUUGGUCCCCCAGGAACUGGAAAAACCCUUCUUGCAAAAGCACUUGCAACUGAAGCUGGUGCUAAUUUUAUCAGCAUUACCGGUUCAACACUUACAUCUAAGUGGUUUGGUGAUGCUGAAAAACUUACUAAAGCUCUCUUCUCUUUUGCAAGCAAGCUGGCUCCUGUAAUUAUUUUUGUCGAUGAGGUUGAUAGCUUGCUCGGUGCUCGUGGUGGUGCUUUCGAGCACGAGGCAACCAGAAGAAUGCGAAAUGAGUUUAUGGCUGCUUGGGAUGGUUUGAGGUCGAAAGACAGCCAGAGAAUUCUUAUCCUCGGUGCUACAAAUAGGCCAUUUGACCUCGACGAUGCUGUCAUUCGCCGUUUACCAAGAAGGAUAUACGUGGACCUGCCAGAUGCGCAAAAUCGUCUGAAGAUACUGAAGAUAAUUCUAGCUCGAGAAAAUUUGGAACCAGAGUUUUCUUUCGAACAACUUGCAAAUGCUACCGAAGGUUAUUCGGGGAGCGAUCUGAAGAACCUUUGUGUUGCUGCAGCAUAUAGACCUGUCCAAGAAUUGCUGGAAGAGGAAAUUAAGGGUGACAGAAUCCAUGGAGUUCCAGCUUUAAGAUCACUCAAGGUGGAAGAUUUUACUCAUUCUAAAGCCAAGGUGGGACCAUCAGUUGCAUAUGAUGCGGCUAGUAUGAAUGAGCUGAGAAAAUGGAACGACCAAUAUGGUGAAGGAGGAAGCAGGAGAAAAUCGCCAUUUGGUUUUUGAUACUUCUACUCUUCUAGCAUCUCAAUACUCAGACGAUUUUGUUUUGUUUCCAAUACUAAGUCAAGAGGUUCGAAACAGUUGUACCUGCGAGGUCAAAAUUCUCUCUCUCCCCCCCUUUUUUUUUUCUCCCUAUGACAGAAAUCCGAGAGAGCCUCUCGUUUACACAAUUUGAAGUGGUAGGUCUCCUAAAUUAAUAGGCAUAGAAGAAACAUGCUAAUUUGCAGUUGUAUCUUUAGAAUAGUAACUUAAAUCACCCUUUCUUGAUUGUAAAUGAUCUUCAUGGUCCAUUUAAGCUGAGUUUACCAGUUAUUACUCGAAUUAGAAAUCUUGAAGUUAUAUUUGAUAUCAUUACAUUCAGUUGGUAUCAAUUUCUUUUUUAACGCGAAUAAUGCAAUAAUGCUGAUGGAAGAUGUGUGACGAAUUUCUCGAAAUGUUUUGGCUGUAAUUGCUUAAUUGCACGUAAAAGGAUCCGUAAGUUUGUCGUAUCAGAAAUUUCCUUUUGAAUGGUACAUUUUGUAACCCUGAGUGAGCAAAAAACUUUAUUUGUAUUCGCUGUUAUACUCGAGCAAAUAAUAUGUAUAACCAAUUUCCGUUAGGAGA